GAUGGGUAGAAGAAUGGAAUCAGUAGGAUCCUUCUUCAUUUCAUCACAGAAUCAAAUUCGAAGCUUUGUGCUAUCGAAGAGGGAUUACUUCCCUUCUCUUCUAUCCCUUUAUACGAUUACUGUAAUGCUUUCUGUAUAUAAUACUAUAUAACCAGACGGAGAAGAAGAAGAAGAUCGGAAUCGAUACCUAAAAGGUUUUAGAUUAUACCAAAAUUGUGAUUAGAGAUAUUGUUGAGGAAUCCGAUCUAAGGCCAUGGGUGGAGAUGUGAGCGGCAGCGGAAGCAGAUGUAGCAGCAGCGGUAGUGGCAGCGGCAACGGCAACGGAAACGGCGGCGGCGGCAGCAUGUUGGGAUUGGGGCAACUCACCUUCGCGGAGCCGCAGUACGUUGGGGCCAAGACUUCAGUGUGGUGGGAUAUAGAGAAUUGUCAGGUUCCUAAAGGUUGUGACCCCCACGCCAUCGCCCAGAACAUUAGUUCUGCCCUCGUCAAGAUUAACUACUGUGGCCCCGUCUCCAUCUCCGCCUAUGGCGACACUCAUAAUAUCCCCUCCUCUGUCCAGCAGGCUCUUUCUAGCACUGGCAUCGCCCUUAAUCAUGUUCCAGCCGGUGUGAAAGAUGCGAGUGAUAAGAAAAUCUUAGUGGAUAUGCUGUUUUGGGCGGUGGAUAAUCCGGCGCCUGCGAAUUACUUACUUAUUUCCGGAGAUAGGGAUUUUUCGAAUGCUCUUCAUCAGUUACGGAUGAGGAGGUAUAAUAUCCUUCUAGCACAGCCGCAAAAAGCUUCUGCUGCUCUCAUUGCUGCAGCCAAGAGUGUAUGGCUUUGGACGAGUCUCUCAUCUGGAGGAUCCCCACUUACCACUGGUGAAUCUUCUCAGCUUGUUAACGGCAGCCAAGUUAGCCAACCAUUUAAGCCCGAUGCUUCACAAUUCUCAGUGUCUGCUGAAAUGCACCAGACUAGCCUACCGAUGGGUUACCUAGGUUACCAAGAAACUCUACCAAUUCCAAAUCAAAAGCCUUCUAACGUUGGACGGGGUGUUGACCCCAAAACUAAAGGAAGAAACAACAAGAAAAAUCCAAGCCAGCCCACUGUAUCAAGGGCCUCAAGUGUGCCAACAGGCACACAUGAGAAUAAGAACAAUGAUUACCCCUUUCAACUGGAACAUUUGCAGGGAAAAAACUUUAAGAAAGCACCACAUGAAUACUUUGGUGGUGGCAGCGGUAGUAACGGAAACCAUAAUAUAAGCAAUCCGCCAAAUCACUACCCUUCCCCUAUGAUGCCAAAUAACCCCCAUAUGCAACCUGCCCCCUUUGGAUCCGAUAACCGGUUUCAUCCUAAUCCCCAUUUUCGGCCAGCUCCUCCCAGACCUGAUGGUCCUAGAUUUUCUUCAGUUCCUUCCAGACCCGAUGGCCCUAGAUUUUCUUCAGCUCCACUUAAUGUGCCUGAUAUUGGUAAGUUAGGUAUCAAUCAGUACAACAACUAUGCGCAGAAUCCACCUAAUGUCCAAAAUCGAACUGGAGAAGACUUUAAACCUUCAUCUACUGAGUCACUGAAUCCAAAUAGUUUUAAUGCACCUCAGAAAAGCCAUAAUUUUCAAAGUGGCCAAGCUUUUCAUCACGAUGCAAUGAACAAUAGGUAUCCUCGCAGUUCUGAAUUUUCAGCUCCCCCAGCCCCGUUUGGUGCAAACAAUGUUCCUAACAAUGGUAUCUGGGGAACUCAAGGGUGUGCACCACCUUCAGAAUAUGUUCAAGGUCUUAUUGGCGUUAUCUUACUUGCCCUGAAUAGUUUGAAACUCGAGAAACUUAUGCCUACUGAAGUAAACAUUACCGAUUGCAUUCGUUUUGGGGAUCCAAAACACCGCAAUACUGAUGUAAGGAAGGCCUUGGAUUGUGCAAUAGAACAACAUAUGGUAGUGAAGCAGAACUUAGGUGCUGUGCAGCUGUAUGUUGGUAAAAAUGAGAAAUUAUGGAAGUGUGUGAACACUAUAGGUGGCAAUCUUAAUCUUUACCCAAAACCCACAUGGGAUCGGAUUCAGAAGUUUAUAACUUCCUCGAGUGGACGUUCUGCGGUACUGGCUUCUCAAUGCAAAUAUGAAGCAGCUUUAAUUCUUAGAAAGUCAUGCUUAGAAGAGCUUUCCUUGGGCGAAGCACUCCAGGUCUUGAAUUUGAUUAUUGGUGUGAAGAAAUGGAUUAAUCAUCACCACUCAGGAUGGCAACCUAUUACAAUUGCCCUUGCAGAGACGAAAUCUGAUAUAGUUACGGAAACUGGUGCUUGAUUAAAUCAAGAGCUUAUUUUGAUGAUGAAGAAAUGGUUUUAAUCUAGCUUCAGCCGCAAGAGCAUAUAUCUUUUAUUUUCCACCUCGAGAAUUAUGAGUUGCCUUUGAAAGAAAAAACUAAAACUAUUGACAAUAUCAGGAAAGGUUACAAGGAAGGCAACUAUUAGAUCAUGAAUCAAGUAAGUUGAACUAGGAUUUAUCUGUGUACUUUUAGUUUUAGUUUUUUCCCCACUUUUAUUUGCAAAGUUAGCUGUAGGGUGGAUCUAUAGAAUUAGAACCCUACCCUGGUGGUCUCCUAUUGCAUUCAAUCUCAGUUCUCUGUUGCAGUUAUGAGGCCACCUAUUUUAGAUAGUAUUACCUGCAUAUGGGGCUUCUAACUGUUCCCAAGUUUAAGCGGUCGAAUCCUUUGACCUAAAGCUUCUUUAGCAGUAGCGUAUAUACAAGGACCGCCGUCAGUCAAAAGGCACAAUAUUUGUAAACUCAACAUGUCUUGGCAGCUGUGGUAAAGAGAUGACAUGUUCUGUUUACGUAAAAAGUGGCGAGAAAAAAAAGAAAAGAAAAAAAAAGAGGUUUCAUGACUGCCUGUUCUACAUGGAAUGAAUAAAGCCUUGAGAAUUCAGAUAAUUGAUAAAGGGAAAGGUUGAAGCAACUAGAAAGUAGAGUUGCAAUGUUGGGUGUAUUUUUAGGGAAGAUUUUUACUACAAGCAAAGUCUGAUAGCUGCAAUUACAUUGGCUGUCAGGCCAUAUGAUUUCUAUUUUGGAAUUGUUUUGUAGCAAAAGCAAAAUCUUCUUCGAUGAAAGAAAAAGAGGACAACAUGCUGGGAGAUCACUUUUUUUUUUUUUGUUUUUACUCGAGUGUCAUUCUAACCUUUCAGCUAUGCACAAGUUGGUUGGUGAAAUGGAUGCGCGUUGGUUUGGAGCUGCAGCUAUCUAAUGAUAUAUUAGUAUAUAUAUACAUCUGUUGUUUAAGCGUUUUCUGCCUUUCAUUUGCUGUCUCUAUAUGAUGUCUUUGGAUUGUGCAAUGUGUUUGUUUGGUUCAUUAUAAACAGCAAUAGUAACAACUUAUAUAGCUGUAUAAAUGGAUCUGUUUUCUUGCAACUGA